AAGAGCUGAGGCUAGUUCCUCUCUGGCGUUAGCGCACAUAGAGUCCGUGGGCGGGCGAACCAGGCUGGAAACGCUGCGAUUAUCCCUCGCAGAGCUCGCGUUUUUAUUUCUUUCUGUCAAGGUCGACCAGCAAUGUCAUCGGUUAACCAGGAUACCGAGACAUUAUCGGAGCAGUGUGGUGAGACACAGGAAUCUCAGGACCCUAACUCAAAUCCUGUAAAGACAGAGGAGGCCAAACUAAAAGCCAAGUAUCCCAACUUAGGCCAAAAGCCAGGAGGAUCAGACUUCUUGAUGAAAAGACUUCAGAAAGGACAAAAGUACUUUGAUUCAGGGGACUACAACAUGGCCAAGGCAAAGAUGAAGAACAAGCAGUUGCCAGCAGCGACUGGUCCAGAAAAGAAUAUCGUCACCGGAGACCACAUUCCAACUCCGCAAGACUUGCCGCAGAGAAAGUCCUCUUUAGUCACAAGCAAACUGGUUGGCUAAUCACUACCUCAGGUCUUGAGUGACCCCGUCCCCAACCUUCUCUCCUCAGCUUCCAAGCUCCACCGGGGUUAGUUGCUCACUCUUUGCUUUAUAUUUGGGGUUGUAAGACUUAGGUUAACCUCCUCUUCCAUCUCAACAGCUCUAGCCUGAUCCACCACCCUCUGCCCCCCUCACUGACCCAGCCCCACACAUCUGGGUAGGGAGCAAUCAGUUCAGUGAAGGGCCAGUCAAGGUGAGCGGCCUCUCUGGACUAUAAUGCACUUUAUGAUCUACUUACCCUCUACAUGAAUGAGAUCAAACUCUUUGUUCAAAACCGUGGAGGCUACAGAAAUUCUAGUUAGAUGCCUAAUCAGUAUACCAAUGUCAUUUACAAGUUCAUGGAGGUGAUUCUCUUUGUUCUUUGUUAUAAUCAGCUUACGAUUGUUUUGUAAUAGCUUGUAGAAAUCAUGUAGAUUUGGCACCCAAUGCAUGUUGGCAACCUCUGUAAUUGUUCAUUCUGAUCUGAUGAUACAAUGUUUGCGCUUUUACAAUUUUAAGUUACUAACAUCAAUCUGCACAUCAGCGGGCUAAAGAUAUUAUGAGAGUAGAGCAAAAUGUAUAUUUAUGUGCCAUGAUAAUCAAAAGUGCUUAAAUUAAGGAACUGACCCAGCACAAACUUGAAUAUGUUCCUGAAGCUUCAGGGCACCUGAUUUCACAUGGUUUAGCAAAACCAUGUAGCCUUGUACUGAAUGGAUAUGUGGAAUAGCUCAGGCUCAUUUAGCUUGGGCAUUAAUAUACUUAUUGACUAUAAAUGCUAUUGUAAAUUAUAAUUAUUUUUUUCUUUGUAGUAUGGAACAGGCCAGGAAUUGACAACAAAGUAGUUAUAUGUUGAACCGAGAAACCAAGAGGCUACACAGGCAGGAUGAGAAAUUUUAUGUGACGAUUUUGAGUAAUUACCUGAAUGGCUGUACCCAGCUAAGAAUUGUCUGCAUAAAACUCGUUAUCCUGGCGCUUACACGUGUAGAUUUAAAACCAGGGGUAAGUUAAAUGACAGAGGAGAUUUUUUUUAAGCUGUAACCUAGCUUUUGCUCUAUGGGACACCAAAGUCUGAGUUCAGAUCUUGUUGAAAGAAAUCUUAGGUUGGACUUAAUUAGAUACUAAAAUACGCCUAAACCAGAUGGCAGGAUAUUAUUCCCUUAACUCUUAUUAUAUUACAUUCCCUUAACUCUAGUUUCAAACCCUCUUUGAAUCAUUUCUCACAUAUAGACUGUGGGCAUGGGUGGGGUAAAUCAUCAAGUAAUCUUCAAGAACAUAAGAUCUAAUUGUACAUGCAUUCAGUAUAUAUUCAGGGAAGAACACACUUUAACAGCAUAGUUAUAUUCAUCAUCUGCAUAAUAAGUGGGAUUCUUUGUAAAAGUCUCAUGCUCCUCACACCCACAAGAAAGGCGAUGAAUGUUAUAAUUGUCAUACGUGUGUUGAUGCUGUUAAUGUGGUGGAGGAAGGAAACUUGCGGGAUGAAAGGUACGCUUUCUUGAGUGAUUGUUCAAGUCUGAAUGUUGUGUUUAUUUGAAUAAUGUACAUUGUUACCAUAUCCUCUAUUAGCUGCUCCCAAAUUGUAAAUAGACAGUGCUUUUAUUUUAAUAUUUGUAAUUUGGGACCCGCAUUAAAUGCAUGUGCCCUUUGCUGAUCACUCUGUAUGUCUGUCAACUUUUUUUUUUGCCCCCAUUGAUAUAAAAGGUAUCACUUCAUGUUACCUUAUUAUACUGCACUGCACUGACCUCAUAUUUACAUUUUUAUUGCAUAAUUUCCAUUGAUGUGAAAUCUGCCCAUCACAUAAUGGUCUGAACUACCUUGCAAAAAAUGUUGAAAGUACCUAAAUUGCAAAGUAUCAAUAUUGCAGUUUUGCUGAACUGGAAAUCUGUAGUUUAGGGCAUACAUAUAACCAAUAUUAAUAAUGAUUUUAUCCUGGGCAGGCUUGUGGUGUAACAAGUCCAGUUUCUCCAACUACAUUGUGGCCAUGAUCCAAAAAUACACAUAUAGAAAUUUCUGUUUGUUUUCUGUACACAAAUGUGAUCAAUUUUGAUCAUUUUUAUUAUGUAUUUUCAUGGCACCUUGUUUUCUGUGGGGCCCUUCUUGAACAUGUCAGUGUUUUGUUUUUAUCUCAUAACCAUGUUUAUUCUUUUUUUGCAGUUUACUAGAUGUGUGCUUUCCUCUGUAAAAUGUUCUUUUGUUAAUAAGAAUAUUUGUAAUGUUUUUGUUUUGUUGAAGAAAAGGUUGCGUUACAGAUGUAAGGCAUAGUCUCUUGACUAAGGAAAAAUUCCAGGUGGUGUAUAUUAUCAUUAUUAUUAUGACAAACAGUUCAUAUCUCUAAUCUGGUUUCAUAGCAUUUUAUUUUAUUUUCAUUUGUGUGGGAAUUUUCUAGGAAAUGGCCAUGGAAUUUUCUUUGGGAAAAACUGCUUUUAGAAAUAAGAACUCACAUGCAAAUAUUUCAUCUGAUUUGUUAGAACCUCUUAAUGCUUCUGAACAUAGAACUUCACCUCACUGCAGCUUUAAUGUGAAUUGCCUCUCACACUGCUUGGACAUUUUGGAGUACCAAUACUGAUGUUAACUUUGAGUGUCAGUGUAUUCAGUGCUUUACAUGCACAAAAAGACAUGCAUGCACCAUAUGCCUGUGUGUUUAUGAUUUAAGAAGACUGCACAUGAUUUUAGGUUUACUCUUGAUGAAUUAACAGAAUUAAAAGAAAAGAGACAAGUGAUGAGGUGUGGAAAAGUGUCACAAACUAAUGAAAUUAAACAGGUUCUGAAAGGUGGGUGAAGAAAUGAACAUUUUUUGCCUGAAUCUGAAAUAAAGUUUUACAUUGACAUGA